GUUAUCCUACUGGAUUCCAAAGAAUCACAGGCCGAGCUGGGCUGGACUUCACAUCCAUCUAAUGGAUGGGAGGAAAUUAGUGGUGUUGAUGAGAACUACAAGCCCAUUCGUACUUAUCAAGUGUGCAAUGUCAUGGAGCCUAAUCAGAACAACUGGCUACAAACGGGCUGGAUUCUGCGGCGGAAUGGGCAAAGGAUCUUUAUUGAGAUAAAAUUCACUCUGAGAGACUGCAACAGUAUUCCUGGAGUUGUGGGGACAUGCAAGGAAACCUUUAACCUUUACUAUAUUGAAUCUGAUUAUGAUCUGGGGAAAAACAUCAAAGAAAGCAAGUACGUAAAAAUUGACACCAUUGCAGCUGACGAAAGCUUCACUCAAGGGGAUCUAGGAGAACGUAAAAUGAAACUGAAUACAGAAGUCAGAGAGAUUGGACACCUGAACAAAAAAGGUUUUCACCUGGGAUUUCAGGACGUUGGGGCCUGUGUUGCCAUAGUCUCUGUACGUGUCUAUUAUAAAAAGUGUCUCUCCACAGUGCAGAACCUGGCAGUAUUUCCGGACACAGUGGCAGAGGCAGCCUUUUCAACACUGGUGGAAGUUAGGGGACUUGCGUGAAUAACUCUGAAGUAGACUUGGAUAAUCCACCCAGGAUGCAUUGCAGUGCAGAGGGGGAGUGGCUGGUCCCAAUUGGAAAAUGUACUUGUAGUGCUGGCUUUGAAGAAAAGGAAGGUAGCUGUACAGGUAAAACUCAGUUUAAAGUUUCUAUAGAUUCUCUUGACUGA